ACGUUCCCGUCAGGAACAUUUAUUGGCGGAUCAUAACAUUGCAGUUGGCUGCCAAUAUCAGUCACGUUGUUAUAAAAUAAUCGAACCCAGCAAUUUAGUCGUAGAAUGGUUAUAAAAUCGUAUCAUUAGUGUAAGAAUGGCAGAGCAGGAGCCAGGCAGUAAGAAUCAGGGAGUAAAACUUUUAGGGAUACUGGAUGUUGAGAAAACUCCUUGUGCAAGAGAAGCUAUUCUCCAUGGUGCAGGAGGAUCAGCUGUUGCAGGAUUAGUGCACUUUUUGGCAACCAGCAGAGUGAAGCGCUCGUUCCAUGCAGGCAUGGCUGGAUUCAUGAUCACAACAAUGGCUUCCUGGUGCGUCAUCCCACAUUUAAAGAGAAGCGUCAUCUUUUCUUCUUGUUCUACUGUCGGUAUAACAAUGCCAGACUGCGGGUACAGCAGAAGAUGAUUCAGGAUGGAAUUAAGAAUAAAGUUAUUUACGAGGGGACGAGUCAUGAUCCAACACGAAAAGCAAGAGAUCAAUGAAGUCCCAAUAUUUUCCUCUGCGACUUUUUACAUUCUCAUCAGCUAAAUGACAGUUAAUGGUAUAAAAUGUCUGUUUUUUAUGCUUUUUGUGUCAAUAUUUGACCAAUGUGAAAAACCUAAUAAGUGAAACAAACUGAA